AUGCCACGACCACUAAGGAAGGAAGGGAGACGAGAACCAUGUGGCACUAUAGAUGCCACGACACUAAGGAAGGAAGGGAGACGAGAACCAUGUGGCACUAUAGAUGCCACGACACUAAGGAAGGAAGGGAGACGAGAACCAUGUGGCACUAUAGAUGCCACGACACUAAGGAAGGAAGGGAGACGAGAACCAUGUGGCACUAUAGAUGCCACCACACUAAGGAAGGAAGGGAGACGAGAACCAUGUGGCACUAUAGAUGCCACCACACUAAGGAAGGAAGGGAGACGAGAACCAUGUGGCACUAUAGAUGCCACGACACUAAGGAAGGAAGAGAGACGAGAACCAUGUGGCACUAUAGAUGCCACGACACUAAGGAAGGAAGGAGACGAGAACCAUGUGGCACUAUAG